CUCCCAGAUUACAUACUAUCUCCAUUUAGUCUCCCAGAUUACAUACUAUCUCCUUUUCGUCUCCCAGAUUACAUACUAUCUCCAUUUAGUCUCCCACAUUACAUACUAUCUCCAUUUAGUCUCCCACAUUACAUACUAUCUCCAUUCAGUUUCCCAGAUUACAUACUAUCUUCAUUUAGUCUUCCAGAUUACAUACUAUCUUCAUUUAGUCUCCCAGAUUACAUACUAUCCCCAUUUAGUCUCUCCCAGAUAACAUACUAUCUCAAUUUAGUCUCCCUAGAUUACAUGCUAUCUCCAUUCCGUCUCCCAGAUUACGUACUAUCUACAUUUAGUCUCCCAGAUUGCAUACUAUCUCCAUUUAGUCUCCCAGAUUACAUAAUAUCUCCAUUUAGUCUCCCAGAUUACAUAAUAUCUCCAUUUAGUCUCCCAGAUUACAUAAUAUCUCCAUUUAGUCUCCCAGAUUACAUAAUAUCUCCAUUUAGUCUCCCAGAUUACAUAAUAUCUCCAUUUAGUCACCCAGAUUACAUACUAUCUCCGUUUAGUCUCCCAGAUUACAUACUAUCUCCUUUUAGUCUCCCAGAUUACAUACUAUCUCCAUUCAGUCUCCCUAGAUUACAUACUAUCUCCAUUUAG